GAGAAGGCCACGCGAAGGAGGCAGAGACUGGAGUGACGCCCAGGACUGCGGGUCCCACUAGAAGCUACGAGAAAAGCCUGGAACAAUCUCCCCCGGAGCCUUCGGAGGGAGUGUGGCCCUGCUGACACCUGGGUUCCGGAUUUCUGGCCCCCAGACUGUGAGAAAAUAACUUUCUGUGGUUUUAAACCGCCCAGUUUGUGGUCCUUUGUUGGGGAGGCCCAGGCGCCUGGCACAGACCCCCAGUCAGAGGCCGCCUGCUUCCCGACAGCGUCGAACCCAGAGCAGAGCCCCUCACCCAACGCUGGCUGGACCCACUGUCCUUAACGCCUUCCUACUGAGACCCACGGCCGCGCUGUGCGUUCUCCCUCACAGCAAGGAGCGUAAACCCCCCUGUUCAACCAUAGGUGUGUCCCAGUGGCCUUGGGCUGGAGGGCAACGAUGGCCCAAAUGCUAUGGUUUCUUUGACCCUCUGAUGCAGUGGAGCCCCGAGUGGGGAAAGCCACAACCAGGGACCCCUGUGAUGACAGUGGACCCACGGGAUAAUCCGGGAUCAUCUCCCAUCUCGGUGUCCUCACCUCUGCCGGGUCCCUUUGCCAUGUGAGGUGGCAUGUCCGCAGUUCCUGGGGAUUAUGCUGGCGCCUGCUGCCCCAGAGGCCCCAGAAGCUCGGCGUGGAGGAGAUGGCCGCAGGCGUGAUCCAGCCGCUCUGUGACUUCCUGCUGCCCCUGCCAUCCCAUGGGCCCUUCCCGCCCUCAGACCCAGAGCCCCCAGACACUUCAGAGGAGGAGGAGGAGGAGGAGGAGGAGGAGCAGGAGGAGCAGGAGGAGCUGGAGGUUGAGGGGCCAGGGGCCCGCAGCCCAGCCCCCCAGAGUUCAGGUUGGGCCUCAACUGCCCCAGAAGUGGCCCCUCUGGAUCCGAGCGGCCCCGAGACGCCGCUGCGGCUGCUGCAGUUUUCCAGGCUCAUCAGCAGUGACAUCCAGCGCUACUUCGGCCGCAAGGACAGGGGACAGGACCCAGAUGCCUGUGACAUCUACGCCAAUGGCCGCCUGGUGGGCAGCUCAGCCGGGGAGCUGUACUGUGCCGACCUGGUGCGCCUGGCCCAGGGUGGGCCCCCUGAUGACAGCGUGGCUGCCGAGCCCAGGGUCCGCUUGCCCGGGGGUCCCCAGGGGCAGGUGCGGGGGCCGGGCCUCGGUGGGGCCAGGGCACAGCCGCUGGGGCCCCUGGCAGAGCUCUUCGACUAUGGGCUGCGGCAGUACCCGGGGCCCCGGGCAUGGGCUGGCCGCCGGCUGCGGCUGGAGCAGAAGUACGGCCACAUCACCCCCAUGACCCAGAGGAAGCUGCCCCCCUCCUUCUGGAAGGAGCCAGCGCCCAGCCCCCUGGGCCUGCUCCACCCAGGCACACCAGACUUCAGCGACCUGCUGGCCAGCUGGUCAGCGGAGGCCGGCCCCGAGCUGCCGGGUGGAGGUGCCCAGGCCCCAGAGGGGGUGCAGCUGGCCGAAGCCUAGUGAGCGGGCUGGGGUCAACGGGGGUGAGACGGAGGCAGCAGGGGUCCAGACUCUCCUGAUCCCUCUCCUGGGAGCCCCCCGGGGCCCUCCAACCAGGGUGGCCACUAGCAGGACAAACCAGCUCAGGCGGGGACUUCUCAGGCCCAGGAAGAAGGGCUGGGCUCAUCCUGGGGCCUGGAGCUGCCACAACCAGAGGCCACCAGGGCAGGGAACGGGCAGGAGCCACAGUCCUGGCCACCCUGGCCCUCGGCCCUCAGAGCUCUGCCCACAGUGGGGAGGACAGGGCAGGAGCUGUGGCCUCUUGGAGGCCAUGGGCUCAGUGGGUGAACACAUGGUGCCCCCCACUGGGCAAGGCUCAUUCUCCAUCCAGACCACUGCCCUCCUCACUGCCCACCCCCUGGCUGGCCCCAGCACGGUGCCUCCGCACAGUCCCGCAGCAGGUGGCUACAGCAGAAUGAGCCGAGGGUUUUCAUGGACCGGCAGGAAGUGGGGGUGCUGCCCGAGGGCAUAGGUGAACACGCUAUUUGCUCCCUCCAUGAGGGCAGGGAGAGCCACUUCCUCCCCGGGCACCGCACAGCCGGCAGCCAUGGACCCCGAGGCUGGGCCACCUGCCUGCUAGGGGGCCCAGCUAGGGGUGAGUGGGGCUCCCAGGCCACUGUGCCUGUUGGUGGGAAGCCCCAGUAAAGUGGGUGGGCCUGGGGCUCAGCUGGCUUGGGCAGAAAGGGGUUCUGGGAGUCUGGGGACAGACAGGCUCUGGGAAGGGUCCCCUUGGUCACUCCCACUGCCUGUGGCGUCCUGACCCCCUGGGUGGGAAUUCUGGGCUCUGACAGGAGCA